GGCGCGCGGCGGAGGGGGAAAUGGCUGCCGAAACAAGCCGGAAGGACUGAAGAGGAUAAGAAAUCCAGAGCGAAUGAUCAGGAUUGCUGUUGGUUACACAGGACACACCCCUCCCAAGAGUGACGACACUGACGCCAACAAUGAGCCAGGCCAGCUGAAGAUCUACCUUCCCAAGAAGCUGCUCGAGUGUCUACCCAAAUGUUCCUCUCUGCAAGAGCGCCAUCGCUGGAACACCAACGAGGAGAUUGCUGCAUAUCUCAUCACUUUUGAGAAACAUGACGAGUGGCUGACGACAUCGCCCAAAACCAGGCCUCAAAAUGGCUCCAUGAUCCUCUACAACCGUAAGAAGGUGAAAUACAGGAAAGAUGGCUACUGCUGGAAGAAAAGGAAAGAUGGGAAGACCACCAGAGAAGAUCACAUGAAGCUCAAAGUCCAGGGAGUAGAGUGUCUGUAUGGCUGCUACGUCCACUCCUCCAUCAUCCCCACCUUCCAUCGUAGAUGCUAUUGGCUGCUGCAGAACCCAGACAUUGUCCUGGUGCACUACCUGAAUGUGCCGGCGGUGGACGACAGUGGGAAGCCGUGCGGUCCUGUCCUCUGCUCCAUCAACACAGACAGGAAGGAGUGGGCCAAGUGGAGCAAGGAGGAGCUCAUUGGACAACUCAAACCCAUGUGUGCUGGGAGCAGCCUGCAUCAGAAAUGUUCCAGUGUGAAGCAGCGUAUCAUCUCAUCAAAGCAGGAGUCAGGGGCAGCGGCGGGGGGAGGGGCUACAGCUGGGACAGGUGCAGCAGCAGGCCAGAGAGCAGCAGAUGGCACGGAGGUUCAGAACAGCGAUGUGUCAGAGGGCCAGACAGAGGCGAGUCCUGGAGGCGGCAGGAGCAGAGGGGGAGGAGGAGAGAGGAGGAAUGGCAGGAUAGCCAAACCCUCCCUCCUCCCACAGAGCAGCAUGGAGGUGUCCUCCUCCACCUCCACCAACCAGGUGGAGGUUCCCGACACCACUCAAAGCUCCCCUCUGUCAAUCACCAGCGACAUGGCCGACAGCCCCGCCCUCGCUAUUGGGGCUGGCCUGUCGCAGAGCACAGCUGUGUUCAUGUCUGAGGUCACCACACUGACUGGGGAUUCGGUUUACUCUGCUGGCCACACUCACCUGCUGGCAUCCACACAUGAAAGCACCACUGCUGGCAUUCUGCUGGCUGUUGCCCCUGAAAACCAGAGGUUUGCAUCGUUUCCUGGUGGCGUCGGUUUAGGGGAGGGAGGGGAGUUGGUUCUGUCCAGCUCUCUAGACUCUGGGGGUGGAGUCAACCUGCCUGAGACCACUAUGACCUUUGACCCUGACUGCUUUCUCAACAAUCCUAAGCAGGGCCAGACAUAUGGAGGAGGAGGAGGGAAGACUGAAGGCUGUAAUGGUGAUGAUGGGGGGCUUCACUGCCCUUCUAACGGCUACGUCUACAAUCCAGCACUGGUCAACAACAUCAAGACAGAAACAACACCCCUGGAGCAGCCAUUAGCCACUCAGAGCAGCUAUGUGGGAGAAGGGACAGGCCUUAGCCCCAGCACUACACUGGAGCAGAUGGACUUCAGCGCCGUGAUGUCAUCAGCUUGUGUCCAGAACCUGGCCCAGUCCACCCACCACCCCUCCCCCAGCCUCUUCCUCCAAGCUUCUCCCCAAACCACCCAGCCCUCCCAGCCGCAGAGCAACGGUCCUGAGGCAACCCAGGAAUCACGCGAGGCCCAGGCUUACAUAGGCCUGCCAACGGUGCAGACAGACUCCCCGGUCACCAACGGAGACCCACAUACACAACUCCACCAAGCCAGCCCGGACCAGCAGGCACUGUGUGGGAGGAAUGGACAAGGAUCAGCAGUGGGCUCCUUUCCUCUGACAUCACAGGAUGCGACAGUGGACCAGUCUACCGGCAGGGGGCAUCGGGAGGUGGGGGGCUUAGAGAAGGGACCUGAAAAUGGGGAGUUAUUACUCAAAGCUGGGGAUCCACAUGAGGCCUAUGUUGAUGCGGAGCACUACCUGCAGUCUACAGAUGAAAAUGGAGGGGGAGAGGGGGGCGGAGGAGGAGGCGAGGGAGGAGGAGCAUCAGGAGGGGAAAGAGAGAUUCUUUGCAAUGGUGUAAGCUUGUCAGGGGCCAGCAGCUCCGUGGUGGCCAGUCCUCAGUCAAUAGCAGCUGGUGCAGGUAUAGAGGGGGCGCUCUACACCUCUCCUCUGCCCCAACAGGGAGGGGGAGUGUCAGCCACAGGUGCAGGAUCAGGAGGGGCCAUCAGCUUGGAGGGCUUUGAAGCCUCAUUUGGAAGCCAGUUCUCUGACCUCAUCAAUGAUUUCAUCUCAGUUGAGGGGUCUGGAGGUGGGGUGGGGACAGCUGUCACUGGGGUUCUCAUGCCCCAGGAGGGGGCAGCAGGAGAGGAGCAGGGCACAGGAGCAACGCCCCUGCAGGGCUCGGAGGUGGAGCAGGGCGCUCUGGGACUGCUGCAGGAGACUGGGAGGCUGUUUGGUGUGACAGACUACUCCCCAGAGUGGUCUUACCCAGAGGGAGGGGUGAAGGUGCUGAUCACAGGUCCAUGGUUGGAGUCAAGCAGUGAAUACAGCUGUCUGUUUGACCACAUCAGUGUCCCCGCUGCCCUCAUCCAGCCUGGAGUGCUGCGCUGCUACUGCCCAGCUCAUGACACAGGCCUGGUGAUGCUGCAGGUAGCUAUGGGUGGUGAGGUCAUCUCUUCCUCUGUGGUGUUUGAAUACAAGGCACGUGACCUUCCUGCUCUGCCGUCCUCACAGCAUGACUGGCUGUCUCUGGAUGAUACUCAGUUCAGGAUGUCCAUCUUGGAGCGUCUGGAGCAGAUGGAACAGAGGAUGGCUGAAAUAACCAAUCAAAACCCCAGUUCAGAAACCAUGGCAACCAAGGGUGGAGGAGUCGAAGGGGGAGGAGCCACUGAUCAGCAGUCUCAAAUCUCCCCCGAGCAGAGCUCAUUUGAGGGUCGUGUAGUGGUGGUGUGUGAGAAGAUGAUGUCACAGCCAUGCUGGGUUUCAUCCAAUCAGCUCGUCCACAGCAAAAGCUCCCGAGGAAUGACCUUACUGCAUCUGGCUGCAGCUCAGGGCUAUGCGGGGCUCAUUCAGACACUUAUUCGCUGGCGCACCAAGCAUGCCGACAGUAUUGACCUGGAGCUGGAGGUGGAUCCUCUCAAUGUAGAUCACUUCUCCUGCACUCCACUGAUGUGGGCAUGUGCUCUGGGCCACACUGAGGCAGCGUUGGUGCUUUACCAGUGGGAUCCAAGAGCUCUGGCUAUCCCUGAUUCAUUAGGCCGUUUGCCACUCAAUAUUGCUCGAUCCCGAGGCCACACUCGAUUGGCUGAGCUUUUAGAACAGCUGCAGCAGACUCCUCAUGCUCAUGGCCAGCCCACUGACACCUGGAUGGACCGGUGGAGCGGUGAAUCACAGCCCAGUGGGAUAAACGACAGCCCCAUCCCUAACCCUAACUCAGAACUGAGGAGACCCAGGACUGAGGGACAGCCGAACAACCAGACUCAGACCCAGAGCUGGAGCCAGACCGGACACAGAGCACCACAGGGCAACCAAGGAGACCAGGGAGGCCCACCUCCAGCCAAGAGACUCAAGCCCAGCCCAGACACCCCGCAACAGCUAGCUAACUCACCCCCCGGCGCCAACAACCUCAACUCCCUCCUCAACUCUACUCCCAGUCCUAACACCCUCAGUUCUGCCCCACCCAGCACCCAACAAACUCAAACCCCUAAACUCAGCUUCCAGAACGCGCCUCCUCGGAGCUCCAGCCCUAAUCGGUCUCAGCUCCCCAGCCCUCCACUCUCCCACCUGCAGGCCAGGAUAGGGGGGUCCGGAGGGGGCACCAGGUGGAGUCUGAGACAGGCUCUGGGGCGCCGCAGCCUGGCCAGGAGGAUUUUGGGAAAGGAACGACUGGCCAUUCAUCUGCGCCAGAGAGUUUUGUCUGACAGGGGAGAGGAGACAGAGCUGCUGACCUAUCAGGAUAACACAGAUGACUUGCAGAUGGACAUGACGAUGCUUGCUGAUCACAUCAUGGAGGCCUCAUCUGGCAGGAUCAAACAGGAGGCCUCAGUUACCAUGGAGACCGAAACAGUCCCAGGGAAGGUGGGGAUCAGCAGUGAUGUCAGACUGUUGUCUGGUUACCUUGGUGAUGUGGAGAGGUUUCUCUACUCCAGGCCCCAGACUGCAAGCCCCAAACCAAACUCUCUCUCAGGGCCUGAGGAUCAGGAGAGUCCUCAGGCUAAGCAAGGCCUGCCCUCCCCCUAUGACUGGAGCUCCUUCCUCGGUGCAGCUAUGAAAGAGGAGAGGUUGAAAACUGACUCCUCCCGUCUAGCCAUGACUGAGGCAGAGCAGAGAGAGCUGUAUGAGACCAUCAGGCAUGCUUUACACUCCCUCAGAAAACACAAGGGUCCCAUUCAGGAACAACGCAAAGAGAUUGCAGCAGUGGUCCAGCGCUGCUAUAAGAGAUUCAAGCAGUAUGCACUUUAUAAGAGGAUGACCCUGGCAGCCAUCCUGAUCCAGAGUCGUUUCCGGAGUUUCCAUGAGCAGAGGAAGUUCCAACAGAGUCGUAGAGCAGCGGUCCUCAUCCAGCAAUACUACCGCUCCUACAGACACUCCCUCAGCAGCCUCCUCACUAAGAAACAGAACCAGGCUGCUCGCAAGAUCCUGAGGUUCCUGCUCCGAUGCCGCCACAGGGCCAGAGAGCAGAGAAAGGCCAGGGGUCCUGAGAGCCCACCGCCAGGCCCCACACACAGCCCCCUCAGCCUGUGAGCAAUCUCUACACCCUUCCCCCCUCCAUCUCCCCUUUAUCUUUUAUUUUUUUCUCCUCCUCCCCCAACUCCCCCCUUUUCCACUCUCCCUCCUGUUCCAUCUUUACUAUUCUCCCUCUUUCUCUCUCACCCUCUCUCCCCUCUUUUCCCAAGAGGGUAAACUCUUCCCAGACAGACUGAGGACAGGAUAGGUGUCCAUCAUGGCAGCUCAGACAGACAGACGCUGGGUGGAGCCCAGGGACCUGGCUCUGACCACAGCACCACUGAUCCUCCUCCGCAGUCCCACUGGGAGGCCAUCACAUUAACCUCAUGGCAUCUUUGCACUCUUCAUGGGUAUGUUUUUUUGCAAGUGCGUGUCAAUGAGAUGGAAUGAGACGAUGAAGAAGCACCCGAUGCCCCGACAUCCUGCUGUUUAUGGUGGAGAUGGGAUGUGGGGAAAGGCUCCUGUGAUGGACAACUGGCUCGAGAUGAAGGCUACCUUGACAUGCAGAAACUAUACAAAACCUGUUGUGUUUUGUAUCUAAAUAGAGAUCCAUGUAAGAAUAAGAAAACAUAAACCAAAUAUCACUUCCAUGUUGCAUUUGCAUGCAAGGUUUUUUCGCUUACUCCUCCUCUCCAUUGUCUUGAAGACCAGUUGUGGCAAAUCAUUUUGCAGACUCAACAUAGGACAUAAUCACCAAUCACUUUGACUCACAGGCUUACAAACCUGUUAAUCAGUCACCCGAUCAAAGGGGGAGGAACAACACUUGAAUGUAAGAGGGACACUGUCAGAUAAGGGUUGGGGUCUGAAUAACGAUGUCUUAAUUUGUUACAUGGACUUUGUAUGGAGUCGUUCUCAGAGGCAGCACUUUGCUAGCCUGAUGUGGUGUGUACGUGUUUGUUGAAUUCAAUGCAUGUGUUUGAGCUAUGAGCUCCUGCAUGCUUGCCAAACUGCUUUAGUGUUGUUUCUUUUGUAUUUCUAUGUGUAGUUGUGUCUCACUUAUGUCCUCAUCAACUUAUCCUUGCCCUGUGUAAUGUGAACUGUGUAAGGACAAAUGACUUUCUUCUUUUGGGUGCUUUUUUUAAACUUUAUUUAUUUAAGGGUCUGAUUAUUUAUUUAAUUGGCUCAAGAGUGGUUUAGCUUGAGACUGGUUUUUCCCCCCUUGUGUGGUAAAAUGUGACAUGUUCCAAUGGUUAACUGUCUCUGUUAGUUUGUUCUUUGCGUGAACCUCUAAAUCCUAGCUGUGGUUUUGAGGAGAGUGUCACAUACCAUUGCCUUGACUUCUUCUUUACUCUGAGAGGUCUCUAUGCUUGCUCUGUACAGGACAUGGGUCCUAUACUUGCCCCUAUACAGGGCAUUGGUCCCCAUAUUAGCCCAUAUGGGCAAUCAAAUCCAUAUUUUGGACUAUUACAUAUUCCUGUAUAUAAACUGACGAGGUAAGGGGAUAUGAGGACCCUGAAUCUUUUUCAUAAGAGGACUGUAUUUAAGAUUAUAAAUUAUUUUACUCCCAUAAUGAGAACUUAAGACAGAGACCUGGGUACACAGGACGGCUGUAUUGCUUGUAAAUAAUGUAGAUAUUACAAACGGAGUAAUGUGCAUGAGAUUUAAGACAAAGAAGCAGCAAAAAGAAAAUGUUAGUGGCUAUGGACUGUGAGAGGAUUUUAACUACUUCACUUUAAGAGUAUCCAGUAUAAGUGUUACUGAAAAGAACAUUUUGUUAAAGCAUGCAACUGAAAAAUCUAACGUUAGAAAUAUAAGUGGGAAAACAAAGUUAGCUGAAACAAUUAUCUUUCAAACAAAACAUUUACACUUUGUGCUUCUGUUUCUUGGCUAGCAAAAAUUAAACCCUUUUUGCCAGUGGUGCCAAUUAUUAUGAAUGCUAUUUUGCCUACCAAUAUGUUAUGUUGGGGAAACCAACACCCAAAAGAUAUCAAUAUGAUCUACAGAGGCAACACACAUACACACACACACACACAUGCACACACACACACACACACACACACACACACCAUAAACAGUAUAGAUGAUAUAGUAAUAGUUCAACCAUAGACCUCUUAAAUCUUUUGAAGUUUGUCGAAGGCAGGUUUAUAUGGAUGAUGAUGAUGAUGAUGAUGAUGACAAUGAUGACAACAACGAUUACGAUGUUGAUGACGUUGACGAUGACGAUGAUGAUAAUUUAGAUGUGAAUGCAAUGACAGAUGACCCAAAAAAGGGAUGAGGGCGCUACAUUCUUUACAAUGUGGUUGUGCUUCAGCAACAUACUAGCUUUUAUUAAGACCAUUUAUCACACCAACAGUGUAUCCAGCCUGGCCUCCAGCCAAAGCUUUCCAUUUUAAAAGAGAAUGUCUCCUCUCCACUUUCUACAUAUCGUUUAAUUAAGCCUCCUUUCUCCUCAUGUCACUGCCAUUGUAUGACCUGUACAUUAGAAUUCUAGACAGCUCUGUUUAGAAAGUGCCUGCUCACUAACAGAAAAGUGCAAGCUAAUAUCAGGAACCAUCUAUUGUAUGUUCUCCAAAAAGGUUACCAGGUACCUGUUUAUUUUCCUAAAUUGUGUGUUUAAAAAAAAAAAAAAAACAACUGAACUCAAGGAAAGUGUUAAACUUGAUGAUCCAAGUCUAAUUUAGAAGCUCUAAUUUGUCGGUGGUAUGAAUGAAUGCUUAUGGCCUGACAAUUCUACGUGUUGCUUUAUGACAGAAAGCAGUAAUACAGUAUCACCUUUUUGCCCCAUGCCUGUGUGUGCAUUUUGCAGUAUUUGUAAAAGAAAACCAUAAAUGUCAAGCUUCUGUGUAUGAUAGGCACUGUCACAAGAGUCUAUUCAAAGAUCCAGCAUCAUUGUUUGAAGGAAGGUGUUUUCUUUUCUUUCUUUCUUCCUUUUUUUCCUUUUAUUGCAUGGACUUUUUACAUUGUCGGUCUUGCCUCAAAAAUGUUCUUCCAAAAUUGAACAUAAAGCAUAACCCUGCAGUUUUCCAAAACAAACAAACAAACAAAAAAAACUGCCAUACCCACCCUCUUUUAUUCUGUCUUUCUCUCACUUCUCACUCGCACACUAUCGAUGCACACACGCAAACACACACAUGCACUGUCAAACACAAAUGUACACAGCAAAUACAUUCACACACACAGUAAUGCCACACUCUCUCUCUCUGUGCUUAUGUCUUCGGGAACAGUUAAAUCUCUCCCUUAGAUUUUACUCAGGGUUAAAGAACAGGGAGAUGGUGUGUGGCGUGUGUAAUGAUCCGCUAACACACAGGGUUAACUACUGGUGCGUGUACCUUUGUCUAUGCAUAUGUAUGUGUGCAUAUAUGAGUAUUAGAGAUGCUCCGAUUGAUCAUCCACCAAUCGUCUGCAAACAUUCACUCCAAAAAUGGAAAUCUCGGAUUGAACCUAGUCUGAUAUUCCAAACUGAUUUUGUGAAAGCAGAAAACUUUAUCAUGUUUGCUUCAACCAAGCUGUGUUGCACUCCUUAUUCAAAGAAAACACCCCAAAUUCUUCAUAUUGUAUCACUUUACUCACAUCAAUUCAAAAUAAAAUUGUUUUUUGCUAUUUCUACAACUCUUGCCCAGAGAAACAAAACAAAACAAUCUUUGAAAGGUUAAUAAACGCACAAGAUUUUUUAGUACAAAGAAUUCUUAAAACAGCUGUAAAAAAUAAGUAUCAGAUAUGUAUCCCCCUGAUUUUAUUAUUUUUUAAAAUGUAUAAGUAAGUUAAAAGAAUUCCUGUUGGAGCAUCUCUAUGUGUGUUCCCCAUGUUUCUGAAUUUUGACCCUAUCGAGAGACAGCCGUUGUCUUACUCGGGACUGAGCUGUCAGGAGCAUUCACGCUACUAUUUUGGCUGCCGUGUGUCUCACUCCAUCACUUUAUCCCACUUAGGACUGCCCCUCCUCUCACAUCACCACCACUAAUGUCACAAAGAAACCUGGACGCUGGUCUAAAUACUUUUAAAACUUGUACAGACACACGCACACACAAACAAACACACACACGCAAAAGUGCAAAUGCUCACACAUGCGUACGCAGACACACACACACACCUACAGGAAAUCCACCGAUAUUUUCAUGUUUUCAGAGAGGAUUGUGACUUUAGAAAGAAUACGUAGAGUAGAAAAAGUAACAAAAGAUAUUGCCAUAGAAGACAGUUGGUAGACAUGCGCAGAGAUGACCUCUGGCCCCAGAGGUCAAUCUAGAAAUGAAUGCUAUAACCCUUCAGGCCUUGUUUUAAGAGAGCAUGGCCAAACACCACAUUGCAUGCUAGAAUGGUAGACCCUUAUAGAUAAUCUAUGGCUAGACCUCUCCCUGCCUUCCUCUUCUUUCACCCCGUCUUCCCUCCUUCAUUUCCUGCUGUGUUCCCACCUUGCCUGCCGUUGUGUUUUCCAUGCCUAUCUCAGUCUUUCCAUCCCUCUUUUUUGUAGCCUAGUUUUUACUUUUUCUUUUUACAACUGUGCAUGCACAAGCAUCACUAAAUUGUUGAUGUUUUUAAAAAAAUAUUUUGUUGCUGAGGCCAUGCAAAGUGUUUUGAAUUGCCCUUAUAUGUGGAAAAUGUCUUCUGAAUGCUUUACAUAAUUUCUGCUGUAAAAUGAAAUCAGAAUAAAAAGAAAAUUUGCACUUUAA